ACAUGGCCAAAAAUUGGCUUGAGGCCCAUGCUGACUUCUCAGCCAGCGUGCACACCUUUGGACAGUGCAUGGCCCUCGCAGACCUCAACGCUGAUGGCGACCACAGGCUCAUCAUUGUAGACCAUGGACAGUUCCUGGCCAACCGCUCUCAAGCAAAACUGAAGGUGUACAGAGGAACAUCAUUAAUUGCAGAGAACGCGAUAUUAGAUUUUCCAGUGGCAAUCGCUGCUUUCCACAUGGACACCACACAACCGAGAAUACCUGCUAUUGCCGUCGCCAGUGGACCUCACAUUUAUAUUUACAAAAAUAUGCGGCCGUAUUUUAAAUUUUCGCUGCCACCUAUGGACGUGUCUUCAGUGGAGAGAGACGUUUGGGCGCAGGCCAAAGAUGGCAACAUCGAGGUGGACAUCCUGACGGACAUGCUGAGCGGCCUGAGCAAAGAAGUCGGUUUCUCGCGGCUGACGGCGCGGUCGCAACACCUGCUCUCUCUUCCGGAGGCGGCGCUACGUAGGAAAUUCGUUGAGGAGCAAAAGGGUCAGCCUUUGAAGCGGCAGACCACCAUCACCUGCCUGACGACACUCAAGAAGGCUCUUCCAGACGAGGACGCAGUCACGUGUUUGGUCGUCGGCACUGAGAGCGGACACGUCUACAUCCUCGACUCGGAGGCUUUUACCAUUUUGGACACGGUCCAGGUAUCUGGUGUGCCGUGCUUCAUGGGGGCAGUAGGCCUUCGGGACGUGGAGUUCCGCAUCGUGGUGGCUUGCCGGAACAGGCAGCUGCUGCAGAUCAAGCGCGGCUGGCGGGAAGCGCGUCCGCUGGCACAGCCACCGGCUCAGACACUGGGCCUGGCCAUCGGCCCAAAUGCGGUAGUGCUCGCGCUGAUGGACGACACGCUGCGCUGGUACAGCAAAAAGGGCAAAGAGGCAUGGUGCGUCACGCUGGCGGGCGUGGUGCGGUGCCUGACUGCGGCGCCGCUGCCGCAGCACGGCCUAUGGGCGGCCGCCGUGGGCCUGGUCGACGGCUCCGUGCUGCUUUUCGCGGAAGGCAAGCUGAUCGACUCGAUAGCCACGCCGCGACCCGUGUCCGCCCUCAUCUGCGGCACCUUCGGCCAGGGAGAGCACUGCCUUGUGGUCAACUCAGAGGACGGCGGCCUUAUGGUGCACAUUCUGAGGAGAACCGCCACUUUCAACACGGCCGCUGGUGACGCAGAGUCCAAGGGUUCGCAGCCGCUGUCCAUUCCUAAAAAGACGAAACUGUUUGUCGAGCAGACGGUCAGGGAACGGGAGGCGGCCAAAUCUAUCCAUGACGCCUUCCAAACAGACCUGCUUCGUCUAAGACUAAAAGUAGCCAAGAGUUGCGAGUCGGCGCUCACAGGCUCCUCGACAGGCAAUCCAAUCUCCAACAGUCAGCCUCUACGCCUAGCUGCCCAGGUCAGAGGGCUGGGCCCGACCUUCCAGCUCACCGUGGAGGUAGAAAACAUGGCUGAGGAGGAGGCCAUGAUCGGCCUUGCCAUCGUUCUCCACUUUGACAGUAAAAUUUAUCAGGUGGAACAGCCAUUUAUCAAGGUGCCCCUGCUUGUCCCGAGAUUCCCCUUUGAGGUGGAGACCUUGGUAAAAUACGUGAGCACCACCCCUGGCCUCACUGGGGUGGUGAGGGUGCUCGUGGUCAAAGGAAGGCAGCAGCAAGCGCCGUUGCUGGCGGCCCUCAUUCACAUGCCUAUUCCAGGAGACCUGGAUUCCUUUUAGUUGUAAUCAAAUUAGUUGUUUCAACUAUUUGAGAUAAAAAAAAUGGAAAAAUAAAAACUGGCCCAAUUUUAAUUCAAGCAAAUGCCGAAAAUUUUGAUUGAGUUGAGGGACGCCGUUUGCAAGAUACCGAGCGCUUACCUUUGCCAUCUUUCGGCAGAGGUAAAGGGCAUCCGCACAACAACUGCGCUCUUUGAAUUUUUUGUUAAGUUGCAUGAAAUGUUGAACUGUCGUGACAAAGUUCUUGCAAUAUAUUACGAUUUAAGUAAUGCAUUAAUUUGGUACUGUGUGUGUGUGCCUUUAUUGCUAGCCAAGUUUGAGAGACAUGGUGUGCGCGGUUUGGCGCUUGAAUGGCUCAGAUCUGCACUAACAGACCGUGCUCAGGUUGCUCGAUCCCAUGUGCGGAGUUGACUAAAUUUCUUGGCUUGUAUGUUCAGGACAACUAUGCAUGUGGACAGAGCAUGCCAAGUACGUAGUUGGUCGUCUUUACUCGACGGUCACAAUGUUGAGCGGUUUGAAGGUGUAGCGGUUCCCGCUUAUUGGCGUUAACUUAGUUUGUAACCUUUAGAUGUCACUUGUAACUGUAUGAUAAGCUUUUCUCAUUUACCCUGUAUAAUUUACCUUCACUGACCGCUCACCUUCGCACGCAUACGGUCAUGUCGCAUUUACCUCUCCGGCCGGGAGUAUAAUGUCGUGCGCAUAUAUGACGCUUGUAAUAACUUAUAGACCCGAAGACUUUACCGGGUCUUAAUUAUGGAUUAAAUCUACGUCUACAAAGGAACCAGAUGCAUUUCCUUUUGGCUCGAAACGAGUACCCCACAAAGGGAUCAGUCUCGGAUAAAAGUCUCCUGGCAGUUUACUAUACGCACGCACAAUCCAUUAUGACCUAUGGGAUCGUAAUUUGGGGAGCUAGCGGAGCGGCUUUGGAGGCUGUGUUUGUUGCGCAGAAGCGCCUGAUGCGAGCUCUUGCAGGAGAGCGCUACUGGCCGGGAUUAAUCCCUCUGUUCUGCGCGUCCACUGUUUCAUCGUUUCAAGUUUCUACCAGUUUUCUCUAUCUACCUGUACGAAGCAUGUAAAUUUGUAAAAAAAAUACCCUGGCUAAUUUCGGAAAACCCAAAAUGUUCACGAAUACAACACGAGGAGGAAACCGGAGCUAUAUAUUCCAGCGCAAACGACUCAAAUCUCCAAACAAAACCCACUAACUUGUGCAGCUACUAUGUAUAAUGCGCUGCCAGUGUCUCUUCGUCUUGAGCCACGUUAUAAGGAGUUUGUUGCUUUGCUGCGUGAAUUUGUACAUUAAAAAACAGUUUUAUAGUGCUGAAGAGUACUUUGAUUGUGUACAGAAGUUUUAGCAACUUAUAUUUUCUUUUCUUUUCUUUUGAGUGAAUGUUUGAUUUGCAAUCGGAUGUAUGUGGUUUGGUGCAUUUACUGUGUUAAAUUAUGUACAUGCCAAAAGACAAUUAAAUGAUAAUUAUCUUGGAUUUAUUCUGGUUUAACAGUGAUACACAUAACCCAACGUGCCUACAAAAGAGGCCAAGUCGGGAAACGGCGCCUGGACAAAUUGGAUUAUUAUUAUCAAGACUUUGUGAAAGUGAUGAAAAGUAUAUUAAAGGAACAUAUGUUUUAUUAUUUCA